AUGUCAAUCCAUGUCCUCCCCGCUGACUGGAAGUCCUGUGAAAGCUCCUGCAAGAUGGAUAAAGACAGAUUUCCCAUCCCAGAUACAGGGAAACCCGGGACUUACAGAGAUCUGAACUUUGAAAAUGCCUUUGAUUCUAUGGAGAAAGGGUUUAAUGAAAGUCACCUCAGUCAGAAAUUAGAGUCCCAGUGCUUGAACCAAUGCGGCCAAAGACUAAUAGCUGGCCUACAGAUAUUGCCUGAGGUGGCCUCUGAGGCCUACCACAGGACAGUGAAGGCUUCUCACCAGCAUAGGGCUCCUCAGAUUUCAUACAAGACCGGCUGUUCUCACAUUUCCAGGUAUACCAGAUCACCUGGAGGCCUCCUUGCAACAAAGAUGGCUAGGCCCCGCCCCAGAGUCUCAGAUUCGUUGUCUUCUGUCACAGAGUUAACAAAAAUGUCAGACAUGACAAAGCUCCACCAAGCUGUGGCUGCAGGGGACUACAAUUUAGUGAAAAAGAUUUUGAAGAAAGGUCUCUGUGACCCAAACUACAAGGAUGUGGACUGGAAUGACCGGACCCCACUUCACUGGGCUGCAAUCAAAGGGCAAAUAGAGAUGAUGCACCUCCUGAUAGAAUAUGGAGCCAGGCCCUGCCUGGUGACUGAUGUGGGCUGGACCCCAGCUCACUUUGCUGCAGAGUCAGGCCAUCUGAAGGUCCUCAAAACCCUCCAUGCAUUGCACGCAGCCAUCGACGCCCCCGACUUCUUUGGUGACACGCCGAAAAGGAUUGCACAAAUCUAUGGGCAAAAAACCUGUAUGGCAUUUCUAGAGAAUGCUGAGCCCGAAUGUCGGAACCACCGCCGUAUUGCCCAGCAGAAGGGUUUGCCUCUGGAUGAACAGGACGGCGAUUGGGAUGCCAAGAAAAGGGAGCUGGAGCUGUCUCUUCCUUCCUCAAGUCAAAACACUAAGAAAAAGAUUAAUAAAAGUCGAGGCCACCCCAGGUCCAACAAUGCCAAGGACAGGAAAGUAUGA